AUGACUGUAUUUCUUGACCUCCCAGAGGAGACUCUCUACCUCAUUGCAGAAAACCUGGAUCACCAGGGUGAUCGCUAUUCCCUGGUGCUAUCAUGUCGUCGACUUUACACAGUUAUGCUACCAAGUCUCUAUUCCCAGGUUAUUCUUGGCGAUGUUAUCAAUCAUACAAUUGGCCAAGUCAGUCGAUUUUUCAAUGCAAUCGCACGGCGACCACAGUUGGCCAGCGCCGUGCGGUCUUUGCGCUUGGAGAGUUGGGACACUGAAGAUGACAAUGAGGACGUCGACUGUGAAUUCGAAUAUGAUCCAGACCUUAUUUACCGACUUAUCGCUGGUACCCGCUGGUCGACACAGCCGUAUGAUCAACUGCAACUCGGAAACACCGAUGCUUGGUUAGCUUUGCUCAUUCCCCAGCUGAAAGGCUUGAGACGAAUCAGCAUAUGCUACCCAUAUGGGUCAGAACACGUCGAGGGAAUGUUCGCGAAGGCUGCCAAAGAGGAUACCACAACAUUUUCUCGCCUUACUGAAGCCUUCGCCGAAUGGUCUGACACGGAAGAUUCCAUCGAUGCAAGCUGUAUGGAACCGUUCUUUAAAUUCCCAGCGAUGCGCGUAAUUGGAGGAUCCUAUAUCGUUGACUCCGAUCGUGAGGAGGGACAACCCCGCAUUACACCCUUCUCGGGAGUCACUGAUAUCGAUCUUGAGAUGACCAACACUGAGUGUGGAUUCGGUGUCUGGAUUGAAUCAUGCAAGGCUCUCAAGACUUUCCGGUUGAAUGUUGGAGGAGCAACGGUCUCGGAUGGACCCGAUCUUGUAUCUGCUCCCCUUCGAGAAUCCAUAUCCCUUCAUAAGUCAUCACUAGAGGCAUUCUGGCUCUGUGGCGAAUCGUAUCAGGCUCCGGAGGACGACGAUGGAUGGAUGGGAUCGUUUGCCGAUUUCGAUAUGAUGAAAUAUAUACAUAUUUCUAUAUCAAUGCUCGCCAAGCUUGACGACAACUUCGAGCCCACGCAAGAACUCGUGACGCUUUUGCCGCCGUCCCUUGAGACUUUGUAUCUGUGUCACUGCCACAACGAGCUGCUCGAAUGGGCCAUCAACCAAAUCGAACGCUUGCUGGAUUCGAAUUGUCUGCCGCGCCUUACCUCCUUGGGGCUUGAAGGUUACGGACCUUCGGAGGUUCAUGAGAAUUCAUUGGAGACUAUGCGCAAGCUGGAUGGGUUGAACAAAAAAUGUUCAGAUGCCGGUGUGUUCUUUGCGACUUCUAUUGGAAGUCACAGAAUGGUCCCGAGCCAUUUUGUAUCGCUUUGGCCUUGUGUCUAA